GCGUCAAGAUGUCCAUCGCUAAUGCAGCCGCCCAGGACAUGCUGUCGGCCGCCUUGCUCCGGGACGGUGCCGGGGGCAACCGCAUUGGUCACCUGGAGCUGGAGCUGCCGCUCGACAGGGUCAUCAAGUUUGUGUCCGUGGGGCUGCCCUUGCUGCUGGUGUCCAUGGCCUUCGCUCGCGAAAUCUCCAAUGGUCAGUCUGUGUCGCUCCAUCUGUCUUUCCGUCUCUCUCUCUCUCUCUCUUCUAGUUCUUGUUUUGCUGCAAAUCACAUUUGGUACAUUCUCUGAUAUGAUUUCCUUUUCUCUCUUUUUGCCUCUUUCCUUUUCUGUGUUUAUUUUUGGCUCUUUUGUCCCCUGUAUCAUUGUGUCAAUAUUCCUCAAUUUUAUUUUCCUUUGUCUCACAUUUCUCUCUCUAGUCUCUUCUCGCUUGUCUUUUUCCCUUUACUGUGCAGGAGUGAUAAUCUGUGUUUAGGCAAGGGAGUUAGUCAUUCAGAUUCAGUCACAACCCAUUGUUUGCACAGCACUUUUGUGAAUGGAGGGUACAUGGGGGCACUGGAUGUUCAAACUGUCCUCGUUGUAGUAUAAGGGUUAUGGAGACAAUUCUAUCAACUAUUCAAAAAGUUAAUUGUAACGUUUCUCAGGAAAUAUAAGGUCUCUUUCAAUUUAUUCAUAGAAUUUCCAUUUGUUUUCUGACUUGAGUUGACAUGUACUGGACACCAACUGUGGUCAACUGCAACAAUAACACUAACACAACAAUGUGUGUGGUAGUGGCACACAGAAAAGGCUACAUACAGGCAAGCUUAUUUCCUUGUUUCAUUGACAUUGAGCUAACGGUCGUCUUCCCGUCGAGCUGGACUAUAAUCAGCUGUUAGAGAUGCUAAUUGGCAGGAGGAUGACUGAGAGCAGCGUUCGCCGAUGCCGCGUUGCUUGGUAAUUACUGGCAACCUACUCCUUUUGCAGCUCUCUAUCGAAGUUAAAUUAGAUUGUAUGUUAAUUAACUGGGAGAUGUUGCAAAACGAGGGACAGCCUAGGAACAGUUGAUGGAUCUUGGCCCUCCUUAUCUAGCUUGGUUUGUUGUCUGCUUCAUCUUUCAUCUGGUUGGUGGUGUCUGUGUUGUCUGCACCUGCUGCAGCAGCCAAGAUUUCUGCCCACAGCUACAAAUAGCUGGGUGAGAAGGAGCCCUUGUUGUACAAUGGGUAACAAGCAAGAUAGGGAUGUCAAACUGUUGCCCAGUGGUAGAAGGAACAUGCUUUGUUGCUGUCUGUGUUCCCUUGUAACCUGACGGUCUUGUUAUACAUAGUCCAUUUUGGAUACAGCAUGUCCCCAGCUAUCUCAAUGUCCACAAAGACACGCACACAUGUACACACACACACGCGCGCAUGCACGCACAUCAUGUAACAUGUAAUCCAUCCAUGUACAGUUAUCCGUAGUACCAUAAUGCAGUAACUGGAUGGUUGGGUGUACUUCUUUUAGGAGACUUUCACAGAUGUGGAGAUUUGGAGGCUGUAUAUAAAAAUAGGGCGUCCUGUGUUUAACUCAGGGUUUCCUCUGAAGUGGCCCUUUGCCCUUUGCCCUGCCCACCCAGCACUGCUGUAGAGGAGAUGGGCUGAACGGAAGGGUGUGGACCCUUGGCUCUGUGGUUCAACCAUCUGUAUGGUGGAACGGGCUGAGCUCGGUCCUGAAAAAGACCCACAUAUUAGGAGGGUAAUACCACCCUGUUUUAAAACUCAGGUUUCCAUUUAGAAGCAUAUGAUUUAGAUUUGGUAGGGCUAACCUUUCUGCUUCUGGAAAAGGGAACCUUCUAAAAAGCAUUAAGGCAAACUUUGACAUUAAGGAAACUCUCUCUCUCUCUGUGGUGUUUGUUUAUGUCUAUGCAUGCAAGUAUGUUAUGUGUGUGUACAUGCAUGCAUCUUUAUGUCAUUGUAGCUCAGUUGGUAGAGCAUGGCGCUUGCAACGCCAGGGUUUUGGGUUCGUUUCCCACAGGGGGCCAGUAUGAAAAAAUGUAUGCACUCACUAACUGUAAGUCGCUCUGUAGAAGAGCGUCUGCUAAAUGACUAAAAUGUAAAUGUAAAAUGUAAUGCCUUUACAAACUGGACCAGUGUAAUUGCUGAGCUUAAAAUAGUUCAAAUCUAUAUUUGUUUUUCCUGUAGGCCCAGCUGUUUCCCACCCAACAACUUCACAGCCAGGCAGGCAGCCUACGUGGACACGCACUGCUGGGACACCCUGAUGCACCAUGAGUUUGAGACGGAAACCUUGAGGAGCGAUCCCUCUGGGUGCACAAAGUAAGCCCUGCUGUGUUCUGUCAUGGUGGAACGAGAGACAAUUGCACACACGUUAAUGUGGCACAAGAAUUGGACAAAAAAAGUGAUAAAACUACUGUAAAUUGUUGCUCUUUGUCAGGUGAUAAAUGACAUCAGUGUAAAAUAAGUUGAUGAAGAGUCAAUGGUAUACUGGAGGCUUUUUGUGGGCUAUUCUGGUAUUUGGCAGUGUUGUUGGAAGAUUCCCAAUUCAAAAAUAUGCACUGACAAUACAUUCUUAAGAGAGAAACCAAAUGUAUUUUUAAAAGGGACAUUUAAAGAUUUCUCCAAACAUAACACUUUUAAACUUUGACAAGACAUGAACAACCUGAGAUUUCUGUUACGGAGGCCAUUAACUCAUUUCAAAGCUCAGACAUGCAAUUUUAGAUGGGUUUUAUAAAUAUGUAUUAAGCAGUUCUAUAAAUACUGGGCUGUCCAAGUAAGACAUGGACCUCCUGCUCAUGGGGAUAAUGAUGGAGUUAGCCGUGUGCUGUGUCCAUUUGUAUAUUUUGAUGUGUAUUUUGGUGGGCAGUCUGUUCAGAAGCGGCUGAUGAGGAGCUGGGUCACAAGCUUGUGAGGGUGUACGUGUUUCUGAUGUAGCACAAUACAAUUUUCUUGAGUUUUAGGUGUUCAUUGUGAGAAAUUGUAGUGUAAUGGAAAUCCCCAUCAACUGGAUGAGUCACCAUUUGUAGGGGUGUGGAAAUGAUCCAACCGAUAUGUAGAAAUUGUUGAAUAUAAUAAUAAACUACAUUAAUCAAUCUGACUCCAAUAUUAUGUGAAUAAAUGCAACAGGCCGUGUACGUCUCUGGAGGAAUCUAGUCAAGGUAGCGAGCCUUACAUCACCUCUCAGUAUGACUAUAAUGAACAUAUGUCUAACUUGCACCGUUAUACAAUUUUGAAGAGACUAGAAACAAAUAGCUAAUCCUGACAACCAAUGUUCUAGCAUUAAUUUAUCGAGGCAAGCAGAUCAGAGAUGUCAAAGUGGUACCCGAUCAUGUGUAGUGUAAAUAACAACUACCAAUAGACCUACUAAAUUAUAAGCGUAUAGUCAAUCAAAUAAUUACUCUGUAAAACAAGGAAUGCAUUUACUCAAUUCAACUAAUAGGAUUUAUUAGUCACUAAAGAAUUAACACUCAAACAAUUACAGUGUACAUGAAAUAAUAAUAUAAUAACAAUAAUAUGCCAUUUAGCAGACGCUUUUAUCCAAAGCGACUUACAGUCAUGAGUGCAUACAUUUUUUUUUUUGUAUGGGUGGUCCCGGGGAUCGAACCCACUACCUUGGCGUUACAAGCGCCGUGCUCUACUAGCUGAGCUACAGAGGACCACAGAAAUACAUGAUACAUUAGUUAAAAUGACUAUCAAUCAACUAAAUGUCACGAACGUUGAGAGACGGGUCAGACCAAGGUGCAGCGUGAAAAGCGUACAUGUUUAUUAAACUCAAUAAACAUAAACAAAACAACGUAAGGUGAAGUCCUCAGGCUAUACACAUACAAGCCUAACACGGAACAAGAUCCCACAACUAAGGUAGGCAAACAGGCUACUUAAGUAUGAUCCCCAAUCAGAGACAACGAGCAACAGCUGCCUCUGAUUGGGAAUCACACCCGGCCAAACCUAGAAAUACACAUCUAGAUCCUAAACAUAGAAAUACUAACAGAUCCUCACGCCCUGACCAAACCAACUAAAGACAACCGGCCUCUCAAGGCCAGGGCGUGACAGUACCCCCCCCCCCCCCAAAGGUGCGUACUCCGGCCGCACCAACCUGACUCAUUAGGGGAGGGUCCGGGUGGGCAUUCAGCUUCGGAGGCGGAUCCGGCUCCGGGCGUGACGACCUCUCCCUCUCUGCCUCCCCGUUGCGCCCCUGGUCUAGACCUCGGCGCGAUGCUUCCCCUCUCCUUCCUCCCACGAUGCACCAAGCCCUGUCUGGACCCUGGUGUAGGAGACCCCGAACCUGGAGAGGGGCUGACGUCUGGGCCUGGAUCGGCAAUUCCCCCACGAUGCACCAAGCCCUGUCUGGACCCUGGUGUGGGAGACCCCGAACCUGGAGAGGGGCUGACGUCUGGGCCUGGAUAGGCAAUCCUCCCACGAUGCACCAAGCCCUGUCUGGACCCUGGUGUGGGAGACCCCGAACCUGGAGAGGGGCUGACGUCUGGGUCUGAAGUGGAGUCGCUGACCGGAGCUGAACUGGACCCCGGUGGAGCGGACUGCUCUGGCUCCGGAGUGGAGCCGCUGACCGUUGCUGGACCAGGCACCGGUGGAACAGGCCGGGCCGGACUGGGGACACGCACCACAGGUCUGGUGCGCGGAGCAGGAACGGGCCGGACUGGGAACACGCACCACAGGUCUGGUGCGAGGAGCAGGAAUGGGCCGGGCCGGACUGGGAACACGCACCCCUGGUUUGGUGCGGGUUGCAGGUACGGGGCGUACCGGGCUGGCGACACACACCACUGGUUUGGUGCGGGGAGCAGGUACGGGCCGUACUGGACUGGAUACACGCAUCACUGGUUUGGUGCGAGGAGCUGGCACGGGCUGUACCGGACUGGAUACGCGCACCACUGGUUUGGGCCGUACCGGACUGGGAACACGCACCACUGGUUUGGUGCGAGGAGCAGGUACGGGCCGUACUGGACUGGGAACACACACCACUGGCUUGGUGCGGGGAGCAGAUACGGGGCGUACCGGGCUGGCGACACGCACCACUGGUUUGGUGCGAGGAGCAGGCACGGGCCGUACCGGACUGGGAACACGCACCACUAGGUUGGUGCGAGACACAGGCACGAGGUGUACCGGACUGGGAACUGUUGUUAGAGAUCUCCGACUGUACCAGUCUUUUACUCUCCGCGCCCAGUCCUCCUCCAGUGAGGACUCCUUCUUGAGCCCACACGAGUGCAGUGGUCGGGGCUCUUCUCUAUCGAUCCCAGACCACCCUUUUAGCCCCCCAACAUUUUUUCUUGGGGCUGUCUCUCGGGCUUCCUCCUCGGCUUGCACCUUCUGUGUUGCCGUUGCUCCUCUCUAACCCGGGCCAUCUAGAUCCUAAACAUAGAAAUACUAACAUAGAUCCUCACGCCCUGACCAAACCAACUAAAGACAACCGGCCUCUCAAGGCCAGGGCGUGACACUAAAUAAGACUUACACGUGUCUUUAGUUCUGUGUGUGUGAUACACAAAGGAGCUUGGUAGCAAGUUCUCAAAAUAUGAGCAAAUUCAGUGCAUUUUAAACAAAUUCAAGCAGAAACUCAUGCCCAACCUGAUUUAGCAUUUCUUUGCACUUUUCUAGUAAAAACAAAAGACUGGAACACCCAGAUUCUGAUGUAAUCAACUCAAUUAAAAUGAUAGGAGCGCACCCCUGUGUUGCUCCUCUUUUAACUAUCUGCCAUCCGAUGAACAAAAUAACACAGCUUCCCUGUAACAAUAAAUCCAUAGCACUUACAGUACAAUAAAACAUAUACAAAUGCAUAGCUCUUCAUGAACUCUAGAAACAAUACAAACAUUACAAUUUCAUUAAUUUUGUUGAUUCAAGUUUCAUCAGUCUUCACACCUCUCCUGGCGUCAGUGACCCCACGACUUCCGUGGGAAUGUCUCUUCCUCGAGAUUACCACAGAUAAAGUGUGUUUGACCCCUGUGAUAGCCCACAAAUAGUCAGCCAUCCAAACAAUGUCAUAAUUCGUGAUUGAGUCAUCACGCUGGGCCUCAGCAUCUGCAAGUCACCAGUCGCGAGUAUCCCCUUCUCUCAUUCUUCCACUACAAAAUUAAUCGAGGUUGUGAGUAGAUAUGGAGAGAGAUAUGGAGCACUGAAUUUUUACUAAUGCUUUGUACACUAAUCAUCAUUACUUUUUAAUGGAAAGUGCCUCUUGCUUCCUUAAUGUCACAAUAAAGAGCAUCCAUUAAAAGUAAUUAAGCUUUCUCAUUAAACAUUUAAAAUGUAGUCUGUAAAUCACUUUCUCCUUCCCUUCUCUUCAUCUCAUUCUCUCUCACUCUUUAUCCUUUCUCUGUCAUCAUCUCUUACUCUCUACCUCUUCCGAUCCCCUCCCUUUCUCUUCAUUUUUUUUCACCUUCCCUUCCCCUUCCCUCCCUCUCAGAUGUUCCCGUACUCUCUGUUGGCUAUGGCCAUGAUGAUGUACCUGCCUGCCCUCAUCUGGCAUUUCCUGGUGAUGCCGUCACUGGGCUCUGACCUGCUCUUCAUCAUUGACGAGCUGGACAAGUCCUACAACCGCUCCGUACGAUUGGCUCAGAGCAUCCUGGAGAUGCGCCAGAACCCCCGAACCUUCCAAGCCGAGCUUGAGAGUUGAGAGUGGUUGUGGCAGAGAUUGUGGCAGAGAUAGGCCGAGGCAGAGAUUGGUUGAGGCAGGUAGAGGGAGGAUUUUGGACUGAGGAAGAGGGGAAGUCAGCAGGCUUAAGGCGUCAGCAUGCUUCAGUUUGGCUGGCACCCAACGUGUGUGCUUGCAUACUCCCUUAAAAGAUAUUUGCUUGAAAAAAUGAGAAAAAAGCAGCAAUAGUACUGUUUGUCCAUUUUGAGACGCCUCAAAAUAGUCUGAAUUAAUGUAAGAAUUAAUGUAAGAAUUAAUGUAAGAUAACUCAUGAAGUCUGUCAAUAAUUUAGCUGUUUUUGCCAAGGAGAUAUUUGUUCGCGUAAUUUUACAUCUAACUAAUGUUUGGUGCAAUAUUUCUCAAUGAAAAAAUGUGAAUAAAAAAAGAGUUGUCUUUCAUUGAAUGACAACAAAGACUUUAUUGAAGAAUCCUUACUGUUGACCAAUCACAGACGAAGGGGAGUAGACUUUGGCUCCGAACUUCGGAUUGUCUCCAGAACAGAUUUUGUGUGCCCGAACAGCCGAAAAAACCCUCACUGAAGUCCAAAACUAACAAAAACAUCACAAAAUGUUGUCAUUAAUAUAUGCACAAACUCUACCAAAAUGUUUCGGCUGGGAAGCAUGUGGACACCUUUAGAUUGAUGUCUACAAUGACACCCAAACGAGGGCACUACGUUCAUCCACCUCUGGCCUGAUAGCCCCCCUACCUCUACGGAAGCACAGUUCCUGCUCAGCCCAGUCAAAGCUAUUCGCUGCUCUGGCACCCCAAUGGUGGAACAAGCUCCCCCAUGAUGCCAGGACAGCGGAGUCACUGACCACCUUCCGGAGACACUUGAAACCCUACCUCUUUAAGGAAUACCUGGAAUAGUAUUAUAGUAAUCCUUCUACCCCCCUUUACUACCACUGUUUUUGUCUAAACUAACACCUGACUUAUUUCACCUGCUAGCACUGACUUUAAAGAAAUAUACUUAUUGUGAUCGAGAUGUAGUUGUCCCUGAUUGCACUGACUUUGCUCACAGCUGCUUGUUUGAAGAAGUGUACUUACUGUGAUCAAGAUGUGGUUGUCCCACUGGCUAUCCUAAGUUGAAUGCACCAAUUUGUAAGUCGCUCUGGAUAAGAGCGUCUGCUAAAUCACUUAAAUGUAAAUGUAAACAAUUCUGAAGAUGUUUGAGUUGCAAACACGUUCUGGGUGUAAUUUUCAUGGCUGUGGCCAUUUACUUUUUUUUAUUGGUGCUGUUUCUUUAAACACAAAAGCAAAAGUAAGCUAAUAACAGCCAAAAGUAUCUGAAAAUGGAAACAAGACACUAUUUAUGCUUCAACUACAGUCAUGUGACUAACUAUUUAAAUCUUGAAUACUAUGAUAAAUGCCAUAGAUGCUCAUACAACCUCCAUUAUCAAACAACAGAGCCAAUAACAUGAAAGUGUGUUUGAGCCAACUGUCCUCUAACCCCAUCUCCUCCAUGGUCUCUUUCAGGGCCAAGCGGAAGCGCUACUUCGAGUACCCCCUGCUGGAGAGGUACAUGCAGAGCAAGCACGACUCCUACUUCCUGGUCAGCAUGCUCUUUCUGCGCGGCUUCCUGUUGCUCACCUUCAUGUCGGCCGCCUGCCUCUACCUUGUCUACUUCCACCUGUCCACCUUCCUCCAGGACGCGUUCAGCUGCUUCGUCCGCACGGGCCUGCUGUGUGACCAGAACUGGGUUCCAGAGCUGGUCCAGUGCAAGAUGACCGGCCAACUGGUCUUCCAGGUGAUUAGCGUGGCUAACAGCGCUAUCUAUGUCCUGCUGGUGGCUAUCGUGCUGUUCAGCUUGGUCCGCCUCUUCUGCUGGGAUACGACUCUAUUGUCGGUGUAUGAGGUUCUCCCCGCAUUGGGCCUCAACAGUGGUCGCAAGCUGGGCUGCCCGCUCAACGACCUCAAUGGUCUUUUACUGUUUCUGCACGCUAACGUGGUGCACCUGCAGUCUUAUGGCAGGCUGAGGGCCGGAUGCUCGCUGGCGCCCCCGCAGAUCGGGAAGGGGAACGGAAUGAAGGACAUGGGGAUGCUGACGGCGGAGGAGAUCGAGGAGAGGGCCGAGACGGCGCAGGAGUUGGAGGAGGCGGUGGAGGAGCUGCAGGAGGAAGGGAAGCUCAACCUGGUGGACAUCAUGGCUAUCUUAGGAGCAGCCCGGGGAAACCCUGUCAACUGCACAGAGUCCAGGCCUCUGGUAGAGGAGAAUAUGAGUCUGGGUACCAUAACUCUAAUCUAAACUCGCAAACGUAUUCUGCUAGUGGGCUUGUUCGUCUAUAUCGUUUGGGAUGUUCAGAAAAUUAUAAAGUGAGGAAUCUCUGCAAGACUGCAGAUGAAGUUGAAAUUAAAUAGUGAGCUACAGUACUCUGACUGAAUACCGGAUGGUGGUGUAAGCAGUUUUCAUUGAAUAGCCACUAUACUCUUAUUGAAUAUUAGAUGAGGAGACAAAAGUAAUAAUGGUCUUGACAUGAGAUAGCAGUUUUGAUUCAAACUUUUCCAUCCACACUUGUAGAAAACAAUAGGCAACAUCAGGAUAUACCAUAUGUUCUCAGUAACUUUGAUACAGAAAUGCUUUGCACAAAUAUUAAAUUGCACACAAAUGGUUUCUUUUAAUUGUCAUACUACUAUGCCAGUAGGCCUAAUAUAAAUAACUAUUACAUGUUAGAGAGUUUUUCCCAUGAUUGGACAGCCUAUAAUUCUAAAAGAGGCUUUUAUUAGGAAAUACGGCAAGAGAUCAGGUACAAUGUGGUCCUUUCCACUCCUAACUCCCCUCUCUCUCCUUACAGAGCCAAACCACCAGGGGUACCAUGAGUUGAAGGAGACUGCAUCAUGUAAAAAUUACUAAAUCACCAAUGGACUGAACCAUCAAUGUGACACCAAUCAAUGGGGAUGAAGGAAAAAUAUACUGAACAAAAAUAUGAACGC